AUGAACACGCACCUCUCUAACAAGCCAACCCUACCCACGCAGUCCUCCGAAUCCCGCCUCUACACCUUCUCCCAAGAAACCAAAGACGCCCUACGAAAAUUCCGCCUCGGAACAUCGCGAUCAAAAGAUCCCCAAGCAAUAAUAUACCAAAUCGACAAAAAAUCCUUAGAAAUAAAACCCGAAGCUGGCGCGGAAAUUUACACGAAAAUUCACCACCUCCAGGACGAACUACCCGAUAACACGCCACGAUACAUCCUCUUAAGUUACCCACUCACACUCUCCUCCGGCCGCCUCUCCGUCCCCUACAUCAUGAUCAACUACCUGCCGGCCACGACAUCGAGUGAAAUGCGCAUGUUGUAUGCUGGAGCGAAGGAGUUGAUGAAGAAUGCUGCGGAAGCUGGGAGGAUUUUGGAGGUUGAGAGUGCGGAGGAGUUGGAGGGGAUUGAGGGGAUUUUGAAGGGUGGGGAGGAUUAG